UGAUGGACCCCGAUCUAUCCUCAAGCCUGUUGCUUCCUUUUGCAGCCUGAACUUUGCUCAGAUCCUUUCACUUAUACCUUCCCUUCGCAUUUGGCUUUGGGUGUGUCUGUGUACAUACACUGGAUGUCGUCUCCGGUUUGAUCACCCUCGUUUGCUUCCUGCUGCGCGUGCGUGCGCGUCCACCUCGACGGUGACAGCCUCUACCCCCAAAAUGCUGCUCCGACGGCGCUGCAAUGCCUUCGACGUCCUGACCUAUUUCUUCGUUUCGGCCUGUGCCAUUAUUUUCCUCCUCAUCUGCACUAUCCUCUAUGGCACCCGCACUGAGACCACGUCGCUCCCUUCCUACGUCAAGGAAGUCCUGCCCGCCGGCCGCUGUCUGUGCGAAUACAGCACCACCUUCACCUGUGACACGUGUCUCGACUGUGCCGCGACACAAUCUCCCCUGUCGCUCAAUUCCACCACCGAGGAGGAUGAGCAAUGGACAUUCUCCUACCGCACGGAUGCGCAGAACUACGGGCUGGAUGAGGACCAGUGCCAGGCUGCGUUUCCAGGCCUGUUUGAGGACAUCGAGAGGGCCAAGAGGGAGAGAAGAGGAGUCAAGGUUACCGAGCGGGAAUUGAGUUCUUUUGAGUUGACUAAGGGCAUGGUGAGAGCCAUGAUCUACGACGGCGAGCUUUAUGUCCUCCGCACUAAACUGGUAGACAAUAUCAACCGCGAAAAAGCCAUCGCCGCCCUCCACGCUAUCCACCGCUCUAUUGUCUCUGGCCGCCACAGCCAGAAGACCCCAAACAUCGAAUUUGUUUUCAGCGUUGAGGACCUCCCCGCACAGCCCUCAAAGCCCCUAUGGGUGCUUGCCCGCCGCGCACAAGACCACAAUCUCUGGCUGAUCCCCGACUUUGGCUUCUGGAGCUGGGACGUUCCGCAAAUAGGAACCUUCUCCGAGGUGGCAGCCGAGGCGAUUGAACGCGAGGGCAUAGAGCCAUGGGACCAGAAACAGGAGAAACUGGUCUGGAGAGGCAAGGUCACAAUGGCACCGAAAUUGCGGCAUGCCUUGUUGGAUGCGGCGCGGGGAAAGUCAUGGAGCGAUGUGGGACAGGUUAGGUGGCAUGAUCCGGACUUUAAGGAGCAGUUUCUGGGGCCGGUGGAUCAGUGCAAUUACAUGUUUAUCGCGCAUGCGGAGGGACGAAGCUACUCUGGCGCCCUCAAAUACCGCCAACUCUGCCGCUCCGUCGUCGUCUCACACAAACUCCAAUGGAUCCAACACUACCACUACCUCCUCAAAUCCAACGGCACCAACCAAAACUUCGUCGAAGUGGAACGCGACUUCUCAGACCUGAAUUCCGCCAUGAAAGAUCUGCUCGCGCACCCCGAAAAGGCAAAACGUAUCGCAGACAACUCGGUGCAAGUUUUCCGUGAACGGUAUCUGACGCCGGCUGCGGAAGCAUGUUAUUGGCGGGCGUUGUUUAAAGCGUGGAAGGAGGUUAGUUUUGAACCGCUUUUGUAUGCCGGUGUAGAGGUUGGGGAGAGGCUUAAGAGGACGCAGAAGAGGGGGAUUAGGUUUGAAACGUUCACGCUUUUCGAAACGGAUAGACAAAUGGAGUAUCCGACCAGUGCUUAGGCACAUUCAUACGAUUUACUACGCUUUCUCUUUAUGUUGUUGGCAUUAUAUACCCACUUUAGCGAUGCAUGGCAUGUAGCUUAGGCGAUACUUGGAGUUCAUAUGGUUUUUUUGGAGCGCAGCAUAUAGUGCCGCUCGUAGAGUGGAACAGAGCGAGAAAAUAGGAAAGGGAAAAGCAGAAAAAGCCAAGUUUCAGUAUGUUCAUUCAUCGGUUUGAUGUCUGAGGCUACUCCUGAGAACUUUAAUGGUGAGUGACUGAUUCGUUGGAAGUUGGGUUUCUUCGAUUUGCUUGGUUACCCACUCACCUACAAAGCCUGGGAUCUUGGGCAUAGAGAAUUGAAGUAGGUUAGGCUGAGAAGGUCGCCAGACGAACCUGAGGUCAG